CAAACACAUAAGUUUGAUUGUCCUAGCUUUGAGCAACAUUAUGAAGAUCUCCAUUCUCUUUAUCACAAUCUUUUCUUGUGGUUUUCUUGGAAAUGUUGUUUCAAAUGCUAGUCCUCUUCCAUAUGAAGCUAUUUUUAACUUUGGUGACUCUAUAAGUGAUACUGGAAAUGCUGCUCAUAACCACCCACCUAUGCCUGGCAAUAGUCCUUAUGGUUCAACAUACUUUAAACAUCCUUCUGGACGUAUGUCAAAUGGACGACUAAUCAUAGAUUUUAUAGCCGAGGCAUAUGGGAUGCCAAUGUUGCCAGCCUAUUUGAAUCUCACCAAAGGACAAGACAUUAAGAAAGGAGUGAAUUUUGCAUACGCUGGUUCAACUGCACUUGAUAAGGAUUUUUUAGUACAAAAAAGAAUCAAUAUAGAGGAAGCUACUUUUUCAUUGAGUGUUCAAUUUGAUUGGUUUAAAGGACUAAAAUCCUCCCUUUGUACAAGCAAAGAAGAGUGCGAUAAUUACUUCAAAAACUCAUUGUUUCUAGUAGGAGAGAUUGGUGGGAAUGACAUCAAUGCAAUCAUCCCAUAUAAAAAUAUUACAGAACUUCGAGAAAUGGUUCCAUCAAUUGUUGAAACAAUUGCCAAUACCACCUCUAAAUUAAUAGAAGAAGGAGCGGUAGAACUAGUGGUACCAGGGAACUUCCCAAUUGGGUGUAAUUCUGCUGUUUUGGCAAUAGUGAAUAGCGAUAAGAAAGAAGACUAUGAUCAAUUUGGGUGUUUGAUAGCUUACAAUACUUUCAUUGAGUACUACAAUGAGCAACUCAAAAAGGCUAUAGAGACAUUAAGAAAAAAUAACGCACAUGUUAAGAUAACAUAUUUUGAUUACUAUGGUGCUACCAAACGUUUAUUUCAAGCACCACAACAAUAUGGCUUUUCUUCCGGUAAGACUGAAACUUUCAGAGCAUGUUGUGGAAAGGGUGAACCUUACAAUCUCAGUUUUCAAAUAUUAUGUGGUAGUCCUGCUGCAAUAGUUUGCUCAGAUCCUUCAAAACAAAUAAAUUGGGAUGGGCCUCAUUUUACUGAAGCAGCGUAUAGGCUAAUAGCUAAGGGACUAGUUGAGGGCCCUUUCGCUAAUCCAUCUCUCAAAUCCCCUCCUUUCAAGAUAGCUUAGAAUUUAAGCAUGGAUGAAAAUGAACAAGAAUAAGCUUUUCUCCAUAUGUUUCAUGUGUAUAUUUGUAACAUGGAUGACAUAAGCAAAGUGUUGCUAAAACAAACAUCUUGUAUUCCAUGAUGGACAAUAUAUUAUUAACUAUUGUGUAUUAUAAUUUGUAUGUUUUGGAAUAAUAUUGAGGAUAAUGGGACCAAAAUGAAAAUGAAGUGAAACAAAGGAUUAUUUUUCAA